AUGUUUCAUAACAAGCUUCAAGUUACCAGAACUUCACUCGGUAUUUCAAAACUUGAAGGCAAAGGUGUCGCUUCAGUCACUAACUUAUACACUGGUAAAAUGUUACCAUUCAAGUAUAGUACUCAUCUCCUUCUCGCUCAUUUGGGACUUAGCAUUGCUGGUAAAGCUUUAGAACGUCCAGCAUACGAUCCCUUUCACCAGAUUCUUGACUGGGGCGAUGUGCCGCCUAAUUUGAAUAGCGGACUACUUGACUCCACUCAGGCACCUGCUGAAGCCCAACGUCGUCUGAAGGUUCCAACUCUAGCCAUCCCUACAUCCUCUGGCACCGAACUUGCACAAACUGGGCCGUUUAGAAAUGGACUCAGUAUGGAUAAUGUUCCCAACGACAUCGAUCUUGGGGCCUCCCUGCCUCCACUUCUACCAAAUGGGUUGAAAGAAUUCAAUUCAGGCACAAGCAAUCAACAGCUGCUGCAAAAUUUUAAUGCUUAUUCAAGCGUCGCCGGAGAGGUCCUGGAAAAAUCUCCUAGAUAUAUUGAAGGUGCUCCUAGUUGUACCACAUCCCGGGAUGGUUCAGAAAACCAUAUAUCUUACACCCCACAGAGCGAGAGAAAUGAAGCAGUUCGUUGCCAUCAAACCUGGCGCAGGUACAAGAAAACUGCGGAUAACACGGUGGACCCAAUUUCAACACCAAGCCUUCAAGUUCAGUCUUCAGAACCUUUUCCGGCGUGGUUUGCGAAUUCUCCCAAUUUAUCGUUUGAUUCGCUCAGCAAAGACUCGCUGCCACCUGAUCACACCAGCAUCUAUGAUUCAUCAAUCAAUGAAAUCAAUGAACCCUCAAGUUUUUCUCAUCUAGAGAGCCCAUCAUACAAAAGACUCAGAUUCACUGAUCACUUCAUGGACCCUAAGACGCCUGACUACAAUUCUAAAGAAUGGGACAUUCUGCUUGACUACCUUCCAAUAGAAUCGGAACCGACAGCCCAGAUGGAAUUUAGAGAAAACCACUCCAAUAUAGGAACCUCGAGUCAUGUUGCGAAUCAAGUGAACCAACGGCACACCAAUUUUCCAUUAGAAACAGGAGGAAAUUAUGGCAGAAUGGUUGAUUUCCAGACAGAACCUCAGAGUAUCAUGGUGGAGCAAGCGGAUAUCAAUCUUUAUCUACGCGCCAUUUCUCAUCCAAAUGUUGAUGCAAAAGCAGCUCUUAACCCUCAUGAAAAAAAGAUGAAAAUGUUCAAGUUUGAUAUGGAUGUCUUUGAAAACUGUGAUGCAAUUGGGUUAGACGCGUUGAAAAUCAAGAGGAUAAGAACUUUAAUAGAAAAAUCUGCCAAAAAAGAGCUCCUUGUUUCGGAUAUAUCGUAUGGAGAAGUCCACCAAAAUUAUUUCCACAAACUUUCGAGGUUCGAACCAAAUGAUCCUAGAACUCCCACCGACUAUGAAGGCUUAACGGUAGAUGAAUAUUCAAGGAUGGGCCAUCAAAGAAAAAGACUAGAAAGUUUCGUUUAG